AUGAAGGAUGGGUACUUGACGGAGAAUGCCCAGCAUCUCAAGAACAUAGGGUCUAGUCACCCGCUGGCCAACUAUGCUGCCGAGGGCCUGACAAACAACCAUCGGCAUGUGUCUUCACGAUCAAGUGAGCCCUCUUCUGACAAGCACAUUUGGGGCUUGAUCGCGGAUUUAGUCAAUGUCCACAAGUGGAGCCUGAGUGAUGCACUGACGGAGGUAGUGCAAGUUCGCGGUGACUUGGCGGCCAUGUUGCAGCCUCGCAGCCAAAUCUUGAAGAUCAACAGGCAGCCUUUCAAAGGCAACGGCAAGGGGAAAGACUCCCCGGGCGGUAAGAACGGCAAGGGCAACAAGGGCAAUGGCACCAACAGUCAACGCAGGAUGCUUUCUUACACGGACUCCAAGGGUCAGCGCAAACAGUUGUGCCGUGGUUACAGUUCUCCAGACGGAUGCAAGUUUGAAAACUGUAAAUUCGAGUCACAGUCGGUGGCGGAACACUCCGAUGUGCGGACUGGUCGAUCCAGCGAAAUUCCGUCGCCGACUUCAGCGGAUUUUUCUUGGGAAGCUUGCUUGGCUAUCCUGCAGACUCACUGUUUGGGUGAUGCUCCUCUCUACCGAGAUACAGUUCUUGCAGGUGCGCGAUCUCGAGCACAAUAUUUCAAUUUUGGGGCGAGAGCGGGCUCCAAUGCGGGGCUUUGCAAAGGCACAGCAGAAAACGCAGAAUUCGUUGAGUACCUGAACAUUUUCCUUCGGCAGAUUUUUCCAGACGGCACAUGGUCCAGUUUUUGUGUCAGUCACAAUGAGUUCGCUCAUAUCCACGUGGAUAAGAACCUUCCGGGAUCUUUGAAUUAUUCAUUCAGUGUCGGUGCUUUUGAGAAAGGCGGCCUGUGGGUGGCUUUGCUGCCAGACGAACUUCCUCACCUUCCGCGAGUGCCUCCGCCGGACACAUCAGCUGAUGCCUCGCUGUUGGGUUGCAUAGUUCAGACCAGGAGGUGUGGUUUUUCUUGGGAUGGCCGCAUUGCUCAUUGUUCGGAGCCAUGGGUUGGCGACAGAUGGGUCGUGACGGCCUAUACUUCUUGCACUUGGGGUUCAAUGCCUGAACCAGAUCUUCGCUCUUUACGUGAUCUUAUGUUUCCGCUUCCAGGCGACGCCAUGGUGGUCGACGAGGUGUUGUGUGCGUCUCGGGCUGCCAAAAUUGACCAGGCACAGCUGGGGCUACCAGCGGCGGUCAUGCCUCCGGACCUUGAGGCAAUUCGCGGAAAUCUUUUUCUGGAGAUCUGUUCUGGGCCAAAUCGGCCUCUGUCUGCUGCCCUCCUGUCGAAGGGUGUUUCAGUGCUGUCGAUCGACAUUCUUUUGCAUGAAGAUCAUAACUUGUUGAAUGACUCCACUUAUGACAGCCUCAUGCGGCUCUGCUACAGCGGACAAGUGAAUCUGGCACACGCCUCUCCACCUUGCACGGAGUACUCCAGGCUGAAGCUACGGGCAGACGGUGGCCCCAGGGCGAUUCGCACUCCAGAACACAUGUCUGGAGUUCCUGAUUUGAGUCCAUCAGAGCGGCAACGUCUGGAACAAAGUAAAAAAGUGCUGGUUCGUACAAUCAAUUUGCUUCUGGCAACAUACUGCGCUGGAGGGCAUGUUAGUCUGGAAAACCCUUUGAACAGCAUGGCAUGGUUGGAGCAGGAAGUCCGAGAAUUUCUGCAACACAUCAACGCGGACCUCAACUGUGUGGCUGCUUGUGGCUAUGGUAUGAAUGUACUGAAGCAGUGGUGUUUCGCAUGCAGUUUUCGGGAUCUCCAGCAGAUUGCAUGUAGUUGCCAACACGAUCCUCAGUCGCAUGCACAGGUGGCAGGGAUUGUUGACAAAGACGGCGUUUACGCUUCAAGGGCCACUUCGGAGUUUCCGGCACAGCUCGCACAGGCCUAUGCAGAAGCUGUUCUUCCUUUGUUCGAGACUUCGAGCAAGCCGUACACCAUUUCUCUUGAACAGGUUAGGUUUCUUCGAACUCACAAAACCAAGGAGGAACUUCCCCGAAGCACACAGGACGGAGGUGGGAUCUACUCAAUGCCGGAUUGGAGUUUUCCUCCGAGCGGCUGCAAGGACCUCCUAGGGGGAGUGCGUAAGCAGCUUGUGGAGUACCUUUUCCACAUCAGGGCCCCAUUGCGAUUGCGCGCCCAUGUGGAGUCCGAAAGCGAACUCCCGCUGUUCACAGAGACUGAGGUUCGGCAGUUCAGGGAGAUCUGGCAGCAAUGGUUCAUGCAACAGGGUGUGCAAUCAAUCGAUUGGAGCGUGGCUGAACAUCAACCUUACUCGCUGCUGGCCUUACAAAGCCUCUCUCGAGCCUUGCAAGACAGAGAUGAUGAACUCUUUCCAGCAUUGAUUGCGGGUGUUCCCACAGGUUUCUUCUCGGAUAUCCCGCCCAGUCAUGUUUUCGUUCCGAAGCACAAGGAUGACUCUUCCGAAGCCCCGGCGGAGCUUGUGAUCUGUGAUCGCAACUGGAAAGGGGCCAGAGAAAAUCCUAAAAUGCUUUCGAAAUUGAUUGAUAAGGAGAUUUCAGAGGGUUUUCUUGAAGAGCUUGAUCUUGCUUCAGCUCAGCAGCGCUGGGAGAACAUCGCAGUUGCCAAGCUCAACGUGGUUUUGGCAGACAAUCGCAAGCCGCGCUUAAUCAUGGAUGGGACAGUUUCUGGAGUCAACUCCUCUUGCUUCUUGAAUGAGCGAUACUGUCUGCCCUCGCUUAAGGACGUGCGCUCUGCAUUCCCACUGCGCAUGAACAACGAGGACUUGUCAGCUUUCAGCUUGGACAUUCGCGCGGCUCACAAAACGAUCCGCAUUCGGGAGAAGGACCGGGGAUUGGCGGGGAUCAAGCUUGAAGACGGUCGCCACCUGUGGUACCGAGUUUGCCCAUUCGGCACAGGUUUCAGUGCUCUGUGGUGGGCACGAUUGUCGGCUUUCAUGAUCCGAACCUUUCAUCUCUUGAUCUGGUUGUGUCACGCUUUAGGCAUCUUUGUCGACGACUUAUUGCUAUGGCAAGGCGACAAAGCAAUCGAGAUUUCAGGCUGCCUCAUCCUCAGUUUUUGCCAAGCGUACAAUGUGCCGCUAUCGUGGCACAAACUGCAGUGCGGGUACAGAGUGAAGUGGAUAGGAUGGCUAUUCAAUUUCAGAUCAGGGACUUUCAGUCUGCCAACCGACAAGAUUGAGAAAAUUCUUCGUUCAGUGCGGGUUGUUCUGCGGCCAGGCAACGUGGAUCGCUGCGAUCUUGAGAAAACGGUGGGUUUGCUUCAGUGGGUAAGCCAGAUUUCUCCUGAACUCCGCCCCUGGAUGGCAUUCUUGUAUUCGGAUCUGCAUAGACCGGUGGCAACAAACCAUCAUGUGGAUUCUGGCGAGUGGCACUUGCUGCAUGAGUACUUGGAUGAAAACCUGCGGUUCACCAGCCAACCUCCGGGCACAGCCAUUCCACGAGGUGCUCGUCUUUUGUCUGCCAGGCACGUUGAACUGCACUCCAAGCAGGACUUGAACAAAGGCUCACCCGUCUUGUGGUUCAGCGAGCGAUUUGAGAAGUCGGAUUUCGAUGACUUGAACAUCCCUCUCGACAACAACACUCAGAAGAAUAUUGGAUGCUGGGAGCUCCUGGCUCAAAUUGCUCUGGCACUUCUUUUCGCAGAGACUUGCCCGGGCGGACGAUGCAGGCUUCAGCUGCGUACUUUCUGCGACAAUGCCUCUGCGCAGGCAUCGGCCAAUCGUUUGAUGACUACGUCAUCCCCGCUCUGCUUCUUUGCUCAGCAACUGGCUUUUGUCGCUUUUAGACACGGGAUUACCCUGGACGUGCACCACAUUUCGGGCUUCCGCAACGAGGAGGCAGAUUACUUGUCCCGCUGGAAUGGCACGGACCCUCUGCUGCCCGAGUUCGCCGAAAACUUUCGCUAUCGCUACCCAGUCAAACGCAUGUGGCAAUGUGAUAAUGAUGUGAGAGUGUUCCCGGAGGGCACUCGGCUCCUGUGGAGUCCUCCGUGA